AUGCGUACAAUCUCCUACUUCUCACCAGGAGUCUGGGCGAAACAGGCUCCGUUAGCAGCCGUCGUCAUGUUGAGGCUGGCCAUGCACUGCGACGCAGCGGUUAAAUGCACUGUUAUCAAUUCUCCGAAUUGCGGUUCAAAUCACCAUCGCCAGACGCAUAAGCUACCAACCAAUGUAGGCUCCACCUACUAUGCCGACGGAUUCCAUGGUGGUACUGUGUAUGCCAAGUUUCAAUCGUCAACCGCAGUUAACGGCAACUCUCGGUACCAAGACUUGACGUAUAACUUCAAUCUUGACUCCUACGACGGCACAUACUGGGUUAGGCUGCCCACCGCAAUUGGAGGGGGAACGGAUUGUCAUGCAGUGUACAAGAGCUGCGAUGUGACAGUUGACUUCUGGGACAUGACGGAGUCAUUGUCAUCCUCGUACCAGCUGGCAUGA